AUGAAUCUUACCCAUCUUCCUGUAGGAGAGAAAAUAAAUGCCAAGCUUCAUGAUGGAGUAUGUCAGCAUUGUAAAAGUAUCUUGGAGUGGCGGGUAAAAUUAAGCAAGUAUAAACUACUAUCAAAACCCAAAAAAUGUGUCAAAUGCCUCCAGAAAGCUGUAAAAGAUCCUUACCAUGUUAUCUGCCGACCAUGUGCUUGUAAACUAGGAGUCUGUGCUAAAUGUGGAAAGGAAGAAGACAUCGUAAUUCCGAUUGAUAAAGGUCAAGACAGAACUGAGAGUAAGGCUACCGAAAACGGCCAAGAGAGAAGUGGAUUGGAGGAUGAACUGGAUUUUGAAGCAAAUUUCAGUAGUACAGAGGAUGAUGAAGAUUCUGAUAUGUUUGAAGAAAGAUUUAAAAGUAUGAAUUUUGAAAGGACAGAAGUCUAAAAGUUGAGUAUCUACUCAAGAGACUGAAUAAAAUCAGAUGUAGUAAACUUAGGUUUGCCUUGAAUUUCUGUUCAGAAAGCCUGGUUUGACAUCAACGAUCCUUGCAUUUAAAGGUUGGCAUUUUAUCUAUUUACAUUUGUUAGGUUUUGGGGGGACGGCAUUAGUAAAUACAUAUUCCUGUAUUAAAGUAGGAAUUCUUGUGGAAGGAUUUAGAACUUGAAUUUUUAAGCGCAGAUGGUUUUUGCAUAUAUGUGACAACUUCUUGUUUCUCUAGAAUAAAGCCUCUUUGCAGAAUUGUUCUAAAUUCACUAUUAAGUGACUGUUAUAUAGCCACAUGGAAAGCUAUGUGGGAAAUCUGUAGUAUAUAAAGGGCCCUGUCCUAAGACAAAAAAGCUAAACCAGUUAUGGCAGUUUUCUUUAGGAAAAACUUGAGACUCUUAAUGUUGUUAGUGAGCUUCCAGACACGGCUGAGAAAUCAAGUACCCAUUACCCUUAUGCCUGCUGGGUUUCUUCUAUGCAGAGAGCGCCUGAAAGCCAUCACCAGUACAAUUCAUAAGCAAUUAAUGCUUAUUUACCAUAUAUAUAAAUAUGAAUUUAAAAUUUAUGAUUGUUAUUAUCAGCAGUGUCUUGAAAAUGAAAAAUGAAAACAAUCCUUUAAAAAUUCUCAUAAUUGGUUUCAUGUAUUCUUUUCCUUUGAAUGCAGAUCUAAGUUAGUUUUUCUAUGAGUUGCUCAUAUAGAACUGAAUUUAUUUUUGUUACUAUUUUAGAUACAGAGAGAGGCAUUACAGUGCAGGAUGAAGAAUUACUUCUCCCUGAUUUUUCAAAUCUUCCUAGAGGUUAUAUCAAUGUACAUUAAGAUCUAGAAAGAGCUCAGCUAAAUUUGCAGUUAACUAUCUCUUACUGUAACUCAGAAUGCUUUGAUUUCUUUUAUAUAAUCUACUCCUUCAAUAAAUAAAACUGAAGAAGUACAUCCUAGUAAUUAAAUCAUUUAACUAAAAUAUUUUGUUGGGACUUAACCUGUGAACAGAUGACAGCAUUCUGUAUAAUUCUGUCUGGCCACAUAACUGCCACACAUCCUCCCUGGUGUUGUGCCUGGUUUGCAGUAGCAGGCACAGCAAAGAUUUGAUUCCCAAAAUGGCUUCUUCAGAGGAAUUGUGAGGGACUUGGACUGUGUGAUUUUGUAUUUCUCUCAAAUAAGGGAAAUACUAAAAUUUUAGUUUCUUCUUAGUGGAGAUAGAACUUUUUGCUACCCCAUGCCUGUUGUAGUUCACCUUAGCUAUAAAACACUCUCAGUUACCAGGAUGAAGAACACUAAGACAUUCAGCAGCAAGUAGGCCAGAAACUUCUCCAACUUAAAGAACGACUUACCCAUCUGUUUAGCAUUUAAUGAGACAAAUGGCCAACAGCAACUGCAAAAUUCUUGUAAUCAGUCAUGGAACAGUGAGCUCAUAUAGGUUUUUCUUAACUGCUUAAGUGAUUGUUACUACACAGCAGACCUUAAGAACAGGCUUUUUCUUUUAUUAAUUUUAUUUAUUCAAGUUUAUCUUUCAUUUUUAUAUAAUUUAAUGCUACAAUAAUGCACCUCAUUUGCCUUUUCUAAAUCAUUUGUAAAUUUGUGUCUUAAUAGUUAAAACAUGCUUUUGUAAUGCUUUGUUUCUCUUUUUGUAGUUGUUUCUUUUCCCUGCUACCCUUCAGCUCUUCAAGAAUUUGAUCAAACAUCAUUUCCUAAGAGAUUAUUUUAAUUUUUCUGUCAGAGGUGGAUCUUUUGUGCAGGUGGUUUUUGCCAAAUGUUUUGUGGUAACCUUUAGCCGCAAACUAUUGAUAAACAUGUAGCUCUUUGUUGCUGUAAUGCAUCAUGAUUUUUGUGGCUCUUCCUUGAGACAAAGUCUAAAGUUUAUUGAAUGUUUGAGCGGCUUUCUCUAUCUCUCCUGGAGUUGCUUAUUGCAUAGUUGUCUGCUAUCAUAAAGAACUGGGGUUUAUGACCCAAACAGCCCAUCUCUUUUCCCCACCUAGUCUCCAAGUAUGUUGUUUGUAAGCUAAACAACCAGUUUUGUAAUCAGACACAUAAGUUCUUUCACUUCAACUAACCAAAACCAAAAAAUGCCUAAUUUAAAAAUCCAUAGAAGGAUGAUGGCUUGUCUUAGUUGAGUCAGAUAGGGAAACUUACAGAGCACUAAGAGGUGCUUGGCGGCAGCAAGUGAGGUCGAACGGCCACUUCACUGUCUGGCCCCAGCAGAAGUGACUGGAAACUGGGCUGAAGGUUAUGAUGCGCUGACAGAUGAGUCCUCCCAACAGGACAGAGGUGACGCCUGUCUUAAUGUGACAUCGCCUGUUGUCCUGCUGGUUGACGUCAGUAAUGACUUUGAGUAAACAAGAAACAACCCCCCGCCACGUGUGACGAGCAGAGGUGAUGGGUUAAUAGGUAAUUUGGAAUUUGCUUCAGAAGGGGGCUCUGUGAAGAGGAAGCAAAGAGUUUCAUACAAAAUAAACUUGGCUUUUGAAAGUACUAUAUGUAAAGCAAACAUUUUCCCAGGCAGAAAAAUUUGGUAAUGGUCUAGCCCUUUGCCCAAAGGUGAGAGGAAAUCCUGAAACGAUAGGAAAAUGUGUCAUGGAACUGGCAAUAGCUGCACAAUCUGAAAAUAAGAGGAAGGGCUCUCUUGUCAAAGCAGUGACACAACCUGUCAAUACUAGGGAAGAGCAAUGGCGCACACAUGAGGCACAUGUAGCAACAGAACUCAAAAAUGUAGGAAAAAUCCCCUCAAGUUGAUGUCUUCGCAUCAUAUACCAAAUCCUCUGUUCAGAAUUCACCUGGGCAGUUGAUACUGUAGAUGGUAAAACUAUGCUUAGAUGAUGGACAGCUACAGUGGUGGCUGGCUGGCUUUAGCCCCUGUGAAGACAAGAUGGGAUUCUGGCAAGGUUUCCCUGUGUCUGAUCCCUAUGCUUAAAAGAGAUUCUACUGGAAAUGACUGCUGCAACUAAAACCACACACUAUAGCUCUAAAAAUUGCUAACUUAGAAGAGUUGUGUACAUGUGCUAUUGUAGAGAAAAGGAGUUUCUGUUUUCCUGGAGACUGUUCUUACAGGGAAAGAAAAGGAACAGUUUUGAUUUUAUUGUCUAAUUUGUGACCAAAGUUAGAACAUAUUUGGAAUGACUGUAAGGUUUAGUU